AUGUUUGCUUCAAAAUCCAGCUCUGUGUCCCCUUCUCCAUCCAUGGACCAGGCAGAUUCGGAUGCUCUGGACAUCAGCACCAAAGUGCAGCUGUACGGCGUGCUCUGGAAGAGACCCUUUGGGAGGCAGUCGGCCAAGUGGUCCAGGAGGUUCUUCAUCAUUAAGGAGAGUUUCCUGCUCUACUAUGCUGAGAGUGAGAAGAAGAACUUUGAAAGCAAUAAAUACUUCAAUAUCCACCCCAAGGGUGUCAUACCCCUGGGGGGCUGCAUCGUGGAACCCAAAGAAGAGCCCAGCAUGCCUUAUGCCAUAAGGAUCUCUCAUGAAGACUUCCAUGGUAACAUUGUUCUAGCAGCCGAGUCAGAGUUUGAGCAGGCUCAGUGGCUGGAGAUGCUGCAGGAGUCUGGAAAAGUGACCUGGAAGAAUGCCCAGCUGGGAGAAGCUAUGAUCGAGAGCCUGGAAGCCCAGGGACUGCAGCUGGCCAAGGAGAAACAGGAAUAUUUAGAUAAGCUGAUGGAAGAGACAGAAGAGCUGUGUCUGCAGAGGGAGCAGAAAGAGGAACUGGAACGCCUGAACCAGGUUCUGGAAGCGGAGAAGCACCGGUUUGAAGAGGUGGUACGGGAGCUGCGGCUGGAGCAGGAGCAGAUCAAGAGGGAGCUAGAGCUCACGGCCCGCUCCCUUAAAGGAGUGGAGGAAGAAAAGAAAGAGUUGCGAAGCCUGACAGAGUCCUUACAGAAAACCCUAGAGGAGCUUUCCCUGGAAAAGCAGCAAAUGCUGGAGAUGAUGGAAGAAAACGAAAGCCAGUUCACACCUCCAACCAGCCCUAGCAAGGAGCAAAGCGCCAGCUGGGGACUGCACUGCAGCCUGCGACAGAUUGAAGAGAAGAUGCAACAGCUUCUGGAGGAGAAACUCCUGGCAGAGAAGAGGAUGAAGGAGAACGAGGAGAGGUCCCGAGCUCUGGAGGAGGAGCGGGAGUUUUACUCUUCCCAGUCACAGGCGCUGCAGAACUCGCUCUCAGAGCUGACCGCAGAGAAGCAGCAGACAGAGAGGGACCUCAAGGCUGAGGUGAAGGUGCGCAUGGAUCUGGAGAAGAGACUGAGGGAAGCUGAGGAAGCGUUGCAGCGCUUGGAGCAAGGUUUAAAUUCUUUGGAUCGCAACAAGGAGAAAGAGGAGAAGAUGAAAGCAGAUGUCAGUCAUUUGAGAAAGUUCUUUGAAGAGUGCAUCCGCAAUGCUGAGCUGGAGGCCAAGAUGCCCGUGAUCAUGAAGAACUCAGUGUACAUCCACAAGGCUGCCACUCGCCGCAUAAAGAGCUGCCGCCUUCACCGCCGGAGAACCAGCGCUUCGUGGAAUGACUUGAAGCAGUCCCAGUCCUUCAUCUUCUCACACGCGGAAGCUGAAAACAUUGAGGAGCUGAAGGAGGCAGCCAAAAGACUGAGCCGGCACCAGCACUUCCGCGAGACUCUCUACCAAAUCAUGAGGUCACAAAAAGAUUCAGCUUCAGGGGACGAAAAGUGACUCUUGCUGGGAGGGGACUUCUGAUCUCAACUUGCCAUUCAGCUCUGCAAAAGCUAAGCCAUCAGGCACUAGGGUCAGAAGGGAGAUAUGUCCUUUGGUGAGGAAGGUGAGGGGAAGUUGUGUGUAGGCAAUUCCUUCAGUUAGUGGCUUUGCUUUACUUUGGAUGCUCCCCGUAGCCUGGCAGACCUUCCUUGCUGAGCACUGCUGAUCACAUCUCUUUGCUUCAGCUGCUUACGUUAAGCCACAUUUUGCCAAGAUACCAUGGCCAGCGUGACAGUGACCACCGACCUUAGCUUAGGAAGUGCCUCUUCUUUUCUUUCCUGCUUAGUCUGCCUGCCUGACACGAGUGCUUCUGAGAAACCCGUUGUUAGCCCGUGGUCCAGCUGGAGCAGCCACCUGAGUCGGGCAGAGCUUGCCCCGUUUUGCCUGAUCUCUGCUAGGAACUGGCUCGCUGAGCACCCCUGCUCAUCAGCACUUCCAUGGGGCAUGCUUCAUGGCACACUUCCUGAAGACUGCAGCAGCCCCAGCCUCCCAGGCACAGGCUGUAAUAUCAACCACGGGGCAAUCUCCUGAUGCAGCAACAUUUCAAGCAAGCGGUAGCAGCGCAAGGUGAAGGCAACCUGGGGAU